ACCCAUCUUUAUUGGAAGUCUUAAACGAAUACAUACAUUACUUUAGUAGAAAAACAUCACAAGUGCAAGUGCAAGCUCAGCGUGCAUUAUUAAGGAUAGGUAAUACUUUUUGUUAGAAUUUGUUCAUUUUGCAACAAUGCAUUUGCAAAUCAAUGACAGCUAUGACAGAAAUAAUAGUUUUUCCAUAGACUAUAAUAAUAACAUACUAACAGGUUUCGAUGAGCCGUUCGUGCAUACACAUGAUAUUGGUGAAAUUAUUUUAAAUAUGCUAAAUAGCAAGCCAGAUCAUGUAGCACAGAUUGAUGCUACAACAGGAAAACAAACAACUUUUGCCGAGAUGCGUGAUGUCAGCGUGCGCUGCGGAUUAUGGCUAAGGAAGCAGGGAAUUGGCUGUGGUGACCUGGUGACUCUGUGUACGCACAAUCACCUGGAAGUUUACGCUCCAUUUCUGGCCAUCUACUACAACGGCGCCAUUUAUAAUGCUUGGAGUCACGACAUCACUUUAAAGUCAGCAAGACACUUCAUACAGCUGCUACAGCCAAAAGUGAUAUUCGCCUGCGAGAGCGCCGUCGAGACUCUACUUGAGGCCGCAAAACUUGAGGAUGUAAACACUAAGAUGAUCGUCUUUGGCACUUUCCCGGGUAUCCAGUCCCUACAUGAUAUAACUCAGCAGCAAUUCGAACAGGAAGUUAGUGAAUUUCGUCCACAUGCGGUUGAGGACCCACGCGAGACUGCGUUGGUCAUUUUAUCGUCGGGCAGUAGCGGCAUGCCUAAAGGUGUCAUGCACUCCUAUGGUAAUAUUCUGAAGAUGGUUCAGUCCUUCUCGCCGAUUUCCAUGACACAUGUGGCGCUCUGGUACACGACUACCCAUUGGAUAUCCGGUUUCAUAUUCACCUUACAGAGCAUCCUGUCGCUGGGUACGCGUGUUUUACACGCAAGCACUGAGAUUGAGGAUACUUGCCGCGUGAUUGAAAAGUAUAAGAUUAACAGAUUGUAUUUGUCACCAGUAACGAUAACUCUCUUGUGCAAAUCCCUAGCUUACAAAAAGUUUAAACUUGAUUCAGUAAUGUUUGUAAUGACCACAGGCUAUAAAAUAAAUAUUAAGAUUUUCGAAGAGUUUAAACAGAUUAUACCAAACGCUGUAGUAUUGCAAGGAUACGGCAUGUCGGAAACAGGACGCUGCGUCACGAAACAAACCAACUUUACAAAAAACCCUAAUUCGGUAGGUUUUCCCUCAUCUUGCGUGCAAUUGAAAAUAGUGGAUCCGGAAACCUGUCGAGCCCUCGGACCCAACGAGCCCGGUGAACUGCGCAUCAAAUCACCGUUCAUAAUGCUUGGCUACUACAAAAAUCAAAAGGCGACAAAGGAGGCUUUCGACAACGAGGGUUGGUUGUGCAGUGGAGACAAAGUAUAUUAUAACGAGGAUGGCGAGAUUUUCUUUGUGGAUAGAAUGGCCGAAGUGAUGAAGUAUCGACUCUAUCAAGUUUCCCCGAGUGAAAUUGAGGAAGUUCUGCUCUCCCAUCCGGAUGUUAUAGAGGCGUCGGUGGUGGCCAUCCCACACGAGUACGACGGAAAUUGGCCUGUAGCUUUUGUUAAAAAGAUUCCAGAAUCUAAAGUUACGGAAGAUGAACUCGUGCAGCUGUCUUCGUCGACUCUCGGAGACGUUAAAAAACUGCGCGGAGGAGUCAAGUUCUUAGACAAUCUACCAAAAACUGCAUCCGGAAAAAUUGCUAGACCGAUUCUGAAAGAAAUGGCUAAAACGUUGUCUAACAAAUAAAUUUAAAAAAAAUAUCGACCUGCACAAACUGUACUAAGUAAAAUAAACACUGUAGAUUCGCUAGGUACCUUACCUACAUGGGUUGUGUAUUACAGGAAUUUGAAUGAAAAAAAAAUUGGCUGGCUCAAAUUCGAAUUGAUGCACAAACUUGACACAUAUCUAACAUUGACAAUUUUGUUAAAACGUGAAGUACGAGUAGGUACCAAGUGCAUACGAGUAUGUAUUUGCUUUAAGAUUAAAGAUUUUAUGGAUAUAGGUAUGUAGUUAUGUAGAUUUAGAUAGGUAGAUACGUAUAAGUAAUUAUUGCAGAUUUAAAUCCGGUUGACGUCAGCGAGUUGCAUGCCCAAUGAGGCAAGGCAAGGGCAAGGACACAUUAUUUUGUUCUUGUCAUUUCACUUAUUCUCAAAUUCUCGAUUUCUUGAUUUCAUCAACUUGAAAUCGCAGAAUAGAAAAUAUUUUUUGUUUGAUGAGCUUUUUUUCAUACCUUUGAAAUAAAACAUGAGAAAAAUAUUACACUAGGUAACGGCAAAGGGCACCCCUGGAUAAGAUAGGCAAAAUGCCCUUAACCUUGGAUGGUGAUAAAAUUCACAGGGUAUGUUUAGUACCCCCAAAAAAUAAUUUUGGGCCCAUAGCCCACUCCCCACCCCACCCCCUCAGCGAGGGGGACCAAAAAACACGUUUUUCAGGGGAAAAAUUCUGCAUCAGCGAGUAAUUAAGAUAAAUUUAUUCUGUAAACGAAUAUAGUUAGAGUGUACAUGGGGGUACCUCCCUGAAUUUUUUCAGAAUUUUUCAUCGCAUGGGGGGAGACGGGCGGACAAAAGAAAACUUUAAAUCGACAUUACUCCGGAACGAAAAAACAUACCAAAACGAUUUUUUCGUCAAAUAUGUAUCUUUAGGUCUACUUUCUAUAGAAGUCAUCAUCCGGCCAUUUGGAGUGGUGGGUCAAGCUCAAAAGCUCAAAAAAUUACGUUUUUUACGUUUUUCUCCAAAAAUAUGGACAAAUGGCGGAAAUUGAAGAGAACCAAGUUGUUCAGCUUGAAAUUUUACCCAAGAAUUGUGUAAUUGAAAAUUCAUUUAUACCGCGUGAUCGUAAAACUACACGUGCAGAAGUAUUUGUGCUUAUAUCAAGAUGGCUUGAAGGGUAUUCCUGGGUAAAAUGAGUGAAAUGCCCCUGUCCUCGGAUUUCUGAAAUUUUGAUGAAACAUUGUUGGGUACCAUUAAAAAAAAUAUCGGAGCCAAAAAAUUCCCCCCACCCCACUUGCCUUGCUGACAAUAGCGAAAAAACGCCUUUUUCAGGGGAAAAAAUCAUGCUUCAACGAGUUUUGAAAAAAAAAAAAUCUGUAUUUACUCAAAAUAUGUACAUGGAGGAGACUGUAUAAUGAAAGUACAUAAAAAUAUCUACCCAAUUGUGUAAAAAUAAUAAAUAGGUAUCUAUUUAUUAUAUUUAACUUAUUAAAUACUUUUUAGAAAAAUAAAAUCUUGAGCGAAGUAAAACAAAACACGUUUUAUAAGAUACCUAUAUCUACCUAUAACAAUCAUUUUUGGUUGUAAUUAUUCCUUAAAGUGAUAUCGUAUGUCAAUAAUUAUGCUGGUGUCAUGCAGGUAAUA